CUAGGGUAAUUCUGCUUCAUCAGUCCAGUCCCUGCGCUUUAAAUUCAAGGGAAAUAUAUUCUGCUUCAUCGAGUUUCAUCUUCUUCUUUCAUGCCAAACGAACAAGAAGUAGAAAGGAUGAAAAGCUUGUCGAAGCAGAACGAGUAUCUGAUCGAAGAGGAGGAAUCUUCAUAUAAAAUCGAAUCAGAGGUUGAACAUGAAUGGCAUAGGUCGGAAUCAACCAUGAACUCACCCGACCCAAGAAUCCAUGAAGAAGAGUACGUGCAUGCAAAUAUGUACAAGGAUCUUGACUUGUAUCUAUCAGCCAAAAAUGGUGAUCUUGCUGACUUCAAAAGAAUUAUUCAUCGAAUUUCAACGGGAGAUUCUGAAGAUGAUCUUUUGUCAAGGUUAAGCCUUAUUGGAAACACAUUUCUUCAUGUAGCAGCCAAACAUGGAAACCAAGAUAUAGUGAAAUUCAUAGCUAGUACUAAACCAUCUCUUGUCUCAGUCAAGAAUAUUUGUGGAGAGACGGUGUUGCAUCUUGCAGCAAAGGGUGGACAUGAAGCAAUGGUAGAAGCCCUUGUUGGAAUUCUAUCUCAUAAUGAGACAGAGAAGAGUGCUUUGCUUAUGGCAGAAAAUGAGAUGGGAAACACAGCCUUGGAUCAAGCAUUAAUCAGUGGUUGGGAAUCAGUUGCAAGUUUUUUUAUCCAACAAGAUUCUGAGCUGUCAUAUCAUCUAAACAAGCAUGGAGAAUCUGCCCUUUAUUUGGCAGCUAAAGCUGGUCUUGUAGAAUGCAUCUCUUCUAUUCUUGUACAAUGCACGGAUGACAACCGUCUAAACCUGCUUUUCAAGAAUAAAUCUUCCAUCCAAGCAGCAAUUGAGAGAAAGGACAUAGUUGUUUUAGAAGCAAUAAUCAACGCUAAGCCGAGAUUAAUCCAAAUGAGAGACAAUGAAGGAAGAAAUCCUCUUCAUUUUGCUGCAUCUUUGGGUCACCUAAAAGCAGCACAUUACUUGCUACAAAUCUAUCCUUUCAAUGCAACUAGAAGAGACAAAAAAGGUAAACUACCUAUUCAUUUGGCAGCACUGGAAGGCCACGUCGAUAUCAUUUGCGCGUUGCUUCAAGAUAUCCCCGAAGCAGAUGAUCUGCUUGACAAGUCUGGUCGUAACAUUCUACAUAUCGCUGCUCGGAGUGGAAGAUAUAAAGUCUCGAUUACACAAUUGCUCUAUUCUAUCACAUAUUUGUCUGUGUGGUUACAGCGUUUGAUUUGGGCUGCCCUAAAAGCUGUAUCUGUUCCUCAACCUAUCUCCUACAGAAAAGGUUCAACUAGAAUGGUGAGUGGCCACAUGGAAGUCUAUAAGGAAAGAGUAAAUACUCUCUUGGUCGUGGCAACUUUGGUCGCAACAGUAACUUUUGCAGCUGGUUUCACCAUGCCCGGUGGCUACAUUAGCUCUGAAACUGGCACUGAUUUGGGCAUGGCAACGAUGUGGAGAGACGCGGUGUUCCAAAUUUUUGUUCUAUGCGACACUAUAGGCAUGUAUAGUUCAAUCCUUGCAGUCACUGCUUUGAUCUGGGCUCAGUUAGGUGAUACUACCUUUGUUGUCAUUGCCCUUCAAGUAGCGGCACCUUUGCUCGGGGUGGCUCUGAUCAUGAUGUCCAUGGCUUUCACAGCUGGAGUUACCAUAAUUCUUAACAAACUAAGGUGGCUCCAAAUCACUAUGCUAGCCAUGAGUACAUCUUUCAUCGUCUUGCUACUUGUGCUCCUGCUUCCUUUGUGUGCACCACUCAGUUCAAGGAGUCUGGUGCUGCGUAAACUUUAUUACUACCCGUUUUGCUUACUCGUGUACUCCUUAUAGUAGCACAGAGCCAAAUCAAUCGAGUCUGAAGCACAACCUAUUUUGCAUCGUGGUAUUGUAUCGUGUGUUGGAGAUUUUUAUUCUUAUGGUGAUUUUGUAGGGUUG